CACACCUCUCACGGCCAUUCUAUCUUCUUCUUCUUCUUCUUCUUCUUCUCUCUCUCUAAGAACUCGGAUUGGGAAACCCCUCGGGUGGAUCACACAGAAGAAUCAUGGCGAUGAGAACGGUGAGAGUUACGAAUGUUUCCUUGGGCGCGACGGAGAAAAAUUUGAGAGAAUUUUUUUCUUUCUCCGGUGAAAUUGAAUUUGUCGAAAUGCGGAAGGACAAUGAGCAAUUUCAAGUUGCAUUUGUUACCUUCAAGGAUCCGAAAGGGGCAGAGACAUCGAUUCUACUCUCGGGAGCUACAAUUGUUGAUCAGCCUAUAAGCAUUGUUUCUGCACCAGAUUAUAACCUUCCUGCUGUUGCUGCCAGUGACCCUCCAGCAGCGUCUGCUCCACAGGCUACAGAGAACACAGGCGCUGAAACUGCUGGAACUACUGGAACUACUGGAUCUGCAAUGCAAAAGGCAGAGGAUGUUGUUAGCAGCAUGCUGGCCAAAGGGUUCAUUUUGGGCAAAGAUGCGCUCAAUAGGGCGAAGUCUUUCGAUGAGAGGCACCAGUUGACUUCGACAGCCUCAUCGAAAGUCGCUUCUCUGGACCAAAAGAUCGGCCUUAGCGAGAAAAUUAGCGUUGGCACGACAGUGGUGAAUGAGAAAGUGAGAGAAAUGGAUGAGAAGUUUCAAGUGUCGGAGAAAACCAAGGCGGCAGUGAACAAUGCAGGAUCAGCCAUAAUGACUAACCGCUAUGUCUCGACCGGGGCUUCGUGGGUUUCCCAGACGUUUCAAAGAGUCGCGAAAGCAGCUGUAGAUGUUAGCCAGAAAACGAAGGAGAAGAUGUUAGCUGAGGAUCAACAAGGGAAACAUGGGACUCCAAAUGUGAAGCCGUGAGCAUCCCAAUGUUUGGCCAAAAACAAUGUGAGGACCAAUUCUUAGCUUGCUCUACUUUCAUCUCAGUUGUCUGUCUGAUAUACUUUUAAUGCUCUAUUUUAGUUUAGUAUUAGGGAGUGCGUACACACAAAUAAGCUUACAUUACAUGCUUAUGUUGUAAUUCAACCAUAUGAAAACCAUUUAUGCUAUGUGAUAAAGAAUCCA